CCGCCCAUUCUGUUGCGAACCGCCGGUCGCGUCGCACGCUGCCAUGAUCGAUUACGCGCGCCAAAACAUGUGUGACUUCUACCUGUCCCCUCCCCAACCGGCGCCCGCGCGCCUCGACGAUUUCAACGUCUUCAAGAAAGGAAACGCCACGUUCACCUACGGGAACCUCUAUAACUCCUACGAGAUGUGCUCCGAAGCAGAAGCGGACACCAACAAUGUUUACUACAACUUGUUAAACUUCCGCGAGUACCGCCAAGACACCGACGGCUGGAAGAACAAGGUGGUGCAAGACUGGAACUCCGACGAAACUGUCGCUUGGAUCUACGACUGUGCUAUUACACACGGUUACAGCGAACUAGAUGUUCCGUUUCACAAUUUCAGGAUUUCUGGUCAUGAGCUCAGGAUCAAGAGACGCGAAGAGAUCAUGGAUCUUAUGGUGCAUCCUCACGUCGACCCCGAAGUCUCGAGGAGGAUAGCCCACACAGUUUUCGAUAGGCUGCAGUGCCGUCUCAACGAAGAGAUGCGACAGCAAUCAGUGUUGCGAUACGCGGAUAGUGCUCCAUACACCCAAUACCAUGAACAGACAAUCUUAGAUUUGGACUAUUGCAAUGACAGAAACAGAGGAUAUACGUCGGAUUACAAACCGAACGAUAUUAGUUUAAUGAGCGCUGCAGACUCUAGCGAUGAUCACGAGGAUACAUUCCGUAUGGAAGCAUCUUCGCCGGCUUGUUCCUAUGGUAGUGACGGAAGCAAAUCUGGGGAUGAAGAUGACAAGAAGAAACCAUUCAAGAGGCCUCCAGGUCGUCCGAAAGGGUCAAUCAAGAAAGACAAACGGCCACGAAGCGUGUCCGUCCCACAGUUCCUGAGGGAUCUUUUGUUGGAUGAAAGAUUCUGUCCGUCAAUAAUUAAAUGGGAGGAUCACUCGCUUGGAAAGUUCAGAUUUGUCAAACCUGAUGAAGUGGCGAAGCUUUGGGGGCAAAUGAAGCAGAAUGACAACAUGACCUUCGAGAAGUUCAGCCGAGCCAUGCGCUAUCACUACCAACACAUGGUGCUAGUGUCAGUACCCACAGCUCGCCUGGUCUAUCAAUUUGGGCCCAAAGGACCAGAUUUCAAGACCAACAACCCCAACUUUGUGAAAGUCAAAUCAGAACUAGAAAGUCAAAGCUAUUCGUAGUUGAAUUUUAAGAGAAAAGAUUUUUUUGGAAAAUUAUGCUCAUUGUAAAAGUUGAAGAUUUGAUGAAUUGAAGGAUAAUGUUAAUGUUUCGAAUUUGGUACCCAAGAACAACUCUCCAAUUUACAUUUCCCCUACGCAUUACGCAUUUCAACGGAGGAUUUUCAAAAAAAAAAAACUUUAAAAAAUUAUCAUUCCUUUGGGUUGUCUUUAAAACUUUUAUCGAAGACAAGUUUAUGAUCUUGAUUAAUCCUGAAUCAAGUAAACUUCAAUAAAUUGCCUUUUGGAAUCUACGACAGAAUAUUUUUAUUUUAGUGUUGCAGAGAGUUGUCUUGUGGAUAUGUUGUUUGGAAAAGAAAAGAAUAUGUUGUAGAGAUUUUCGAGAAGAUUACUGAGUAGAUAGAUGUUUUCAGAAUGUUAUGAGUGUGAUUAAAGUAAGUUCGGUGUCCGAUUAGGUCUCGUUUUGAAGGUUGUAUUAGACAAAGAUUGUUGGAUUGUUGCCGUCAAUUAAAGGUUGUAUGCCCAACUUGUUAAAGUGUCCAUAUUAUUUUUUUAAGUGGUACUUUAUUGAAUUUUUACAAAAUGGUUUUAGUCCUCGACAUGAACUUUUAGUGGUCGAACUUUUCAAGGUUGUUCAGAGUUACGAAUUUUUGAUAAAGUAUUUUUAAAACGUCGGUUGUUGUUACCAUAUUAGUAGGAUAAGUUAUAAUUAUAAUUAUGGUAGUUAAAAGAUAUAUUUUAAACAUUCCAAUUUAUUUAUAAUUAAUAGAUAUUGUAACUGAUAGAAAUGUCAUCGUCAUUCGUUUUCUCAUUAAUAGAGUAAGUUAAUGUUG